UUAUCGUAGCCAUUUUGCAAUUGAAUGAGUGAACCCUUUCUCUCAUUUAUAACCUCACGUUUUACUACACUUUUUUAGAUUGCCAUCUUUUGGUUCAUUUCUGUUGUUGCGUUCCAUUGUGUGGUUGUGGUGUACUUCUGUUAUCCAGUAGCGUUCCGACCGAAAGGGAAUAGUCGCCGACUGAAAUGCCGAAUGAAAAUCAUAAAAAUGAAAACUUCGAAAAAGUCCACGCCGACAAGAAGGCUAGGCGACGCGAACCAUAUAGAAUGAUGCAAUCCGAUAAAAAAGAGGCCCUCCUAACACGAGCGCGAGCAAACAAAGCUCAAACAAGCAGGCGGCAACAUGCUGCCUCCUCACUUAUUAACAGUUCUGCUAACCCAUCAUCCUCUAUGAGUGCUAAUAGUUCAAGCGAGCAGUGUGCUCCUUUCAUGGGAUAUUCAAUUCUAUACGAAACAGAUUUUAUCCAGACGGCAGAAAGGCUUAACAUCAAUGUAAUUACCCCAAAAACAGAAGAAUGGACCUGCAAAGUCCAAGUAGUUGAUAAAGGCAGACCUAGAGACAACAUAGAGAAAACAAAGUAUCAACUAAUGAUUCUGCAGGAUGAAGAGGAAAACCAAGUCGAGUGCAUUAUAUUCAAUGCUGAGAUAACGCAUUUUGAAGAUUUGUUUCGUCCUUUCCACACUAACUUGGUGUCAGUUGCACAAGUCAAAGAAUCAAAUUAUAUGUAUGGAAAUCCAGUUAACAAAUUUACUUGGACAAUUGAUAGGAGCACGAUUGUUGAGCCUGUGGAAACUAUCAAUCCUCCAGAAGUUCCACUGCCGCCGCCAACGCGGCUAACUCUUACACCAUUUGACAACUUCGAGUAUCAACGUGAGGGAUCUGAAUUUAAUGUCCUUGCUAUUGUCCUCAACGGCAGCUCUUCAACAUAUGCUUCAAACGGGAAAAGAAUUCAAGAUUUUAUCAUCAUGGAUGAUCAGAAAAAACCAACCAAAUUCACACUUUGGAAAGAUUUUAUUGAUCAUGACGGAAACAAACUAUUCAAACAACUUAAAGAGUACCCAGUCAUUCUUGCUAGAAAAAUUGGAAGACCAAAGUCGCCCUCAGGUUCAGGAUUGACCAACAGAUUCAGCACAACACACACAGGAUUGACUAGCAGAUUCAGUACAACAAUCGAAAUCAAUCCUCCAUACCCGCAGGCAAAUGCGCUGAGAACAUGGGCCAGAGAAAAUGAGCAAAUGCUUAUUGCAUACACAAUAGAAAGCACAAGUCCAACAGGCUCUCUUUUAUUUGUUCCUUUUGAGGAAGAGAUAGUGCCAAUUGCAGAUAUCCAACAACAAUCUCCGGGCCAAAUAUUCUCCAUACAAGCUGAAGUCGCACUACAAAAUGAGAAGCAACGAUUCUUUAUCCUAGCUUGUUCAGACUGCAAACAACACUUCACAAGAACUGUCUCGCGGAGAACAUUUUACUGCACUAAUUGCCGCCGAUCUACCCUGCUUGUUCCCAGAUGCCAAUUCGAGGUCACUGUCACAGACCAAAGUGGUUCUACAACAGCAACUAUUUCUGAUGAGCAUGCGGAAAACAUAUUACUUCUCACUUCAGAAGAGCUCUAUAAUAUCUACAAUGUCAAGAAAGAACUGCCACCUAUUGUGAAUGCGCAAAAGCAACUGACCGGCAAAAUAUUUAACCUUCAAAUGAAAAAGCUGUUUACAAAAAACCAUGAUGCAGUGCCAGGAAAGUUGGUUAUUUUGUCUUUCAUUCCCAAAGGUAAUCCGGCUUCACAAACGCCAUCCACCAUCAAAGACGUUGCUGAAGGAAGCAAACGAAAAAUUGAGCAUGUUAGUACAGGGGAACAAGAGCACCCGCAGACAACCAACAAAGGAAGUACUUCCUACAACAAACAUAAGGUGGAAAUGAAAAUUCCUGUUUCGAAAAGGUGUUGAAAGAUCAUCAUCAAGAAAAUGGUGCCUGAAAAACAAGCAGAUGUCAAGCAGGAGAUUGUAAUAUCCGAACAGCACAUGAAGACACAAACAGAGUCUAAUUAAAGAUCCACCACUUAACCAACAUCAAACUAGCCCUUAUACCGAAAGCCACACAACCAGUAGAAGAUGAAAAAAACAAAAUUACUAUAUUAAUCGGACUUGGCCAGCAUACUAAUUUUCCUGUAAGAAAAAUUGUCAAACAUCUUGCGUGCACGAAGCGAGAUCACUCAGUUGCGAACAAGAAGAAAAGAAAACUGUGAACAGAGAAAGAGAGAUGUGGUAGAAGAAGUAACAGAAGGAGGAGAAGAAGGAGAAGAAGAAGAAGAAGAAAGAAAAGAAGGGGUGUAACAUUUGGAGUAAGUACUAACCUCGAUUGUUACUACCAGUAGAGAGGCGAUUGAUUAGUUGAAUAGCAUUUUGUUGAGCAAAUAUAGCUUCUCCAUGUGAACGAGCACUAAAAUUCAACAUGUAGGAUCAAUGUGUAAUCCUAGAUUCAUACGUCGAAGUUGUGAAACGACAUUAAGUGUAAUUUCUUGUUCCCAAGCAUUAAAAUAGAAAAUUCGUACA